CUAAAUAACUGAUAUUCAGCCAGGUUUGUUUUUGAAUGGCGCUUCGUUUAGUGAUUUGGACCUAUCAUAUAACAACAUCACCAUGAUUCAAGACGGAACAUUUUCGAACAUGACUAUUAGUAGUGGUUUUAAACUUAAUCUAGAAGGGAAUCCCAUAAAACAGUUGGGCAAGUACAGCUUCUCCAACAUUAUUUCUAGCAGCCUUUCCUUGUAUACAUUUCAAAUGAAUUUUAAGAGUAUGCAACUGGAGAAGAUCCAUGAACUGGCAUUUCACAAUGUGGAUGAUCGUCGAUUUACUUGCCACACAUGCGAAUUCAUCUUUAAUGAUAAUCUCUUAGAAACUAUUCCAUCAAAUCUGUGUGAUCUAUCUGAGAGAUACGAUGGAUUUCAGGUUUAUUUGUAUCUGGAUAACAACCCGUGGUCCUGUGACUGCCGCAUGAGAGAAGUCUUUAAAUGUUCGGGAUUAAUACGCCACUUAAGUGACUUUACUUGCCGAUAUCCACCUGCCCUGAAUAACAGAAUGCUGCUCAGCGUCACAGACGAACUGGUCUGCUUCAGUCCCGCCAUUGACUACAUCAGUUCCACAGUGUACCAGGCUGCAGUAGGAGAAACUGUGAUCUUGUACUGUAAUGCUACAGGCUUCAACCGUCCUACACUCACGUGGCAUCCCGGUGAAACGCCAUCAGACAGACAACAUCACGAAGUUAGCACAGCAAACUUGGACUACAACAGUACAGAAUCUACCCUCACCAUCACCAAUGUACAGAUGAGUGACCAGGGAAGCUACACAUGCCAAGCAUCAAAUGCGGCUGGGGUGGAUUCAAGGUCUUUGUCUUUAACUGUCAUUCAAGGAACUUCCCGUGUUGCUGCAGCAAUAGGUGGAACUGUCGGAGCUGUCGUUCUAUGCAUCAUUCUUGGUCUAAUCUACAUGUACUUCAUGCAUAAAAUUAAACGAAGACAGAAUAAGAACAACGCUUCGAAUCGCCCUUCAACACAAACAACACAGCAAAGUACAAUGCGUUUUAACCCUGAAUUUGAAGAAGAUGAGACAGAAUACGAUGAUGUCCGCAUUGCUGAGCCGAGAGGACCGGCGACGAUUGAGAUACACCACGGAAGACCCGUUAUUGGAAGUGCCGAAAAUCAGGUGACCACUGCAGUUCAAGGUGCAGCAUCUGCAGAAGGCGCUGGCCAUCUGUACCAGGGGUUGGUUCAUGAGAAUCCAGAUCAUGUCUACACGUCACUCCAGGACGGAGCAAACGCUUCCGGAGGCCGUGAUGAAAGGGCCGUUGGAGACGGGGGAAGAAGUGGCCAAGAAGAAAGACUACAACACGGGCCCCAGGCACAAGCAGGCCAGACCGCUGAAGGGACUGGAGGAGGUGCCACUGGUCAUGUGUACCAGAGCCUUCGUCAGGAGACCCCUGACCAUGUAUACACGUCACUGCGGGGUGAAGAAGCGACCCCUGGUGACGCGAACGGAAGGCAGGACAUAGCCAAUGCUGACCACGGGUAUCAAAAUCCAGGAGACAUAACAGCGGAACUCCCGGCUGAAGAACCGCAUGAAGAACCGAUCGCGAGUCCUCAGUAUUAUAACAUUCCUGGUGAUGACUAUCAUGACUACCUAUCACUUAGGGAUGAUUAAACUACAUUGAGGGAGGGGGGGGGUCCUAAAUGAUGGAAAAAGGAGAGGGUACGUGGGAUCAAAACAUGGAAUGUUGAAGUGGUCCCAGACAGGCUAGGAAAUGCAAAUUAGGAUUUUUUUUAAAUUUUUAUUUGCACAAAAGUCAAGUGCAUAAAAUACAAAACAAUACAGAAAGUAAAAAUAAUAAUCGGACGAAAACGGAAUAUUGCAUAAUUAACCUAAACAGAACCAAAACAGUUAAAAACAUAAUAAUAAUAAUAAUGACAAUAACAAUAAUAAUAAGGGAUUAAUGAAUUCUGUGAUGGAAUCUUAAUACAAUUCAGUAAGAACAAAAUUCUAAAACCUCAGAAUCGUCUUAUUCCUUCUGCAUGAGCUAACACCUUGCUUUUGCUAAUUCAGGCUACAAGAUCAGACUUAAACACUGCACUUCUUGUAACAUACAUAAGUUUCUGAGUCUUCAUUAGUUCUUAGAACAAGAAUCUAGAGAUUUGUUUCCAUCCCACGAAGUGGAAUAGUUUGCUUUAAUGAAUGACAGCGAAUUUCGUGUGAAUUCGAGCCUAAAAUGGGUAAAAUACGAUAUAAUGUGAUGUUGUGUGAUUUUGGUGAAAAAUAUAUGAAGGAAUAAAAUGUGAAAUUUUGAGAAAAUGUGAAUCAAGAAAUUUGAUUCGCGGCAAAAAAAUGUGAUGUUGGGAAACAUGUUAAUAACGUGUGUGAAAAAUGUUAAAACAUAAACUUGUGUUUUAAAAAUGUAAAACUACAAAUACGAACUUAUGUAAAAAUGUCAUUGACGAUACUAAACAAGUUCAUGAUUAAACUAAGUUCAUGUUGUGAUUAGUUCAUGUCGUAUAUAAAUACGCGAAAUGUUAUAUCUGAUUUAUGCUGUCUAAGAUAUUGACUUAUGUUUACCCUAACUCCUCUUUUUAUUCUAGCAUGAAAUUUGUUUAAUGUAGGAAUAUAUUUGUAUGUGGUGAUUUGUCAUAAAUUGUAAGUUAGAGAAGAUCUAAGAUCUUGUGUAAAAUUGUGUACAUUUAUCAAUAAGAUCUAAAACAUAUCUGAGGCCAUUUAGUGAUUAAAUAGAUAACAGGAAAAGUUGUGCUGUUUGUAACUUACAUUCAAAAUGCCAGGAAACGUUGGCCUACACAGAAUUAAGACACGUAUACAUACAUUUGUACACAUAUCGUUUGUUUGUUUGUUUGUUUGUUUGUAUAUGAUUGCAUAUAAUCAGAGAGAAGAACAAUAAAAUGAACAUAUUACAGUAAAAAAGGAUAUGCAGGGGAAAGAUAAGAAGCCAUAAUGGCUUGUCCGUGAUCUUCCCCUGACUAAAUCAAUUGACAACUGUAAUAAUGGUAAGAAAUCAAAUGAUAAUAAUAAAUAACAAUAAGUAAUUGAAAAAUUCGAUCAAUAUGAUAACGGCAACAAAUCAAAUAGUAACAAGAAAUAAGAAAAGUAAUUGGUAAAUAAUGUUGAUUAGAAAUUGUAUGUUAAAAAUAAAAUAUAAGAAUUAUAUGAUAUCUGACGGAUUCAAA